AUGCGUUUGCCAUUUCUUCUGGGGCUGAUAACACAUCGUGAGUUUAUUGGCACUAUUUUAGGCAUAGCCUCGCAAGAAGUGGAACACAUCGAUGAUCUCUACUCCACCAUUGGCCUCCAAAUCCCUGGCGAAGUUGUGGAUGCGAACUUUGGCCAAAGACCCUUCCGAUUUGAUGUACGACCAGAAAUGGAGGCAGCUCGCGCUAAGGUUUGUGGUGAAAAUCGUGCUGUGCAGCUACCAUCUGAGAAGACUGAUUAG